CACACUGAAAUUUGAUGAUUUGAGGCUUUGAGCUCUGUGACUUCGUCUUCUGCUUCUUCUUCUUAUUCUUCGAUUUCUGUGCCCGUUCGUGUUUGCUUGAUGAUUGCAGCUUCACUGGGUGUGGAGUGUGCUGUUUGAUGCCUCUGAUGAAUGCCUAUACGAUUCCAUUCCCGACGAGCUGCCUCACCUUCCUCCUCCUCGCUUCCAGGUCCUUUUGCGAUUGGAGUACAGAAAAGGAGGCAACAUUGGCCAUCAUUAAACCAGAUGGAGUACUCGGCAACCAUACUGAUGCAAUCAAGGCGACCAUUCUUCAGUCGGGGUUUAAGAUCUCACGAGAGAAGAUCAUUCAGCUAGAUAAAGAUAGUGCGUCGAGCUUUUAUGCUGAGCACUCCACCAAGAGGUUCUUUGAUAGCCUCGUCAAGUACGUGACCAGUGGCCCUGUUUUGGUUAUGGUUUUGGAGAAAGAGAAUGCUAUUUCUGACUGGCGAGCUUUGAUUGGACCAACAGAUGGAAGCAAAGCUAAGAUCACUCAUCCUAAUAGUAUCAGAGCUAUGUGCGGAACUGAUGUAGAAAAGAACUGCAUCCAUGGUUCAGAUUCUCCUCAAUCAGCGCAGCGAGAGAUAUCCUUCUUCUUCGACACAUCAACGAGCAGGGGAGAUAUACAACACGAUGAACUUUAGAUUGGAUGUACAAAAGCAUAGUCCUUUUGCGCAUGAAAUGACUGCUCUGCAACUACUCGGAAAGUUAUGAAGGCACAAAAAAUGGGACGACAAGAGUCAUGGAUGAAUCUAGGCAUAGCCUUUGUCAUUCCUGUGUGCAGCUUAAUUUUUGAUGUCCGGAGUUAUGUCGAUUUAGUGAAUCUCUCGGACUUGGCCUCUUAUCGAAUUAACUUAUUUUGCCCCAGCCAAUCGUCUAGAGUAAGUUGCAAAACGAGAGAGAAAAGCAAAAGGAACAAGAGUUCGGAGUUAAGAUUGUAAUCUUAUGUGCGUAUAUCACAUAUGAACUGAACAAUUCAUCUCAGUGAAAACUGCUUGUUUGUCCUCAA